UGCAUUACAGUAAAUGUGUUAUUGCCUCUUCGUCACUCCUUCCUCUAUAGGCUGUACUAGUGUCAACCUUGAACAACAGUAAAUAUGGCAACGACCAACAAGAAGCAACCCGAACGCCGUCUGCCUGUGCAGCAGAUGUGUGUAUUGGCUCUGGCGCGAAUAGCUGAACCCAUCGCAUUCACGUCUGUGCUACCGUACUUGCCAGAGAUGAUAGAGAGUCUAGGUGUACCAGAGGCUGAAGUUGCGAGAUGGGCAGGAAUCUGUGUCUCCAUGUUUCCUUUAGCUCAGUUCCUGACCGCUGUAUCUUGGGGACGAGCUAGCGAUCGCUAUGGCAGGAAACCAGUGAUCUUACUCUCCUUGACCUGCACCAUGAUCACAUCUCUUCUCUGGGGCUUCUCUAGUAGUCUGGGUAUGGCUAUUGCCAUUCGAGCACUUGCUGGAGCCGCCAACGGCACCGUAGGCAUCAUCAGAACAGCCGUUGCUGAGAUGGUGCCAUACAAAGAGCUUCAACCACGCGCUUUCAGCGUAAUGCCACUCGUCUGGAACAUUGGCAGCAUCUUUGGACCCACGCUAGGUGGUGCUCUAGCUAAUCCAUACCAUGUCAAACCUGGCGAGCUGUUAUCGGACCACCCUAGGCUUUUCGAGAGAUUUCCGUACGCGCUGCCGAAUAUGCUUGCUGUGAUUCUGUUCGUAACAGGCAUCACGAUCGGAACACUGUUCUUAGAGGAAACCCUUGCUGCGAAAAAGGAUCGCCGUGACUAUGGACUCGAACUAGGAUUGAGACUCAAAUAUUACACGAAGCAGGCGAUAAGAAGUUUGAGACGCAUCAUCACACGCGCGGACGAUCAAGAGAAUCUGGAAAGAGAGCCACUGCUCAAGCCUCAAUUCGCACCUUCUCCAAAAUCUGAUGAAGAGGCCAACACAUUGCCUAAGCCUGCACUUCCUCCACCCGGCUUCCGAGAGGUGUUGAAUCACCAGACCAUCAUCAAUUUGGUCGUUUACACGCUCUUGGCUCUUCACAACAUUGCCUUUGACCAGCUCAUUCCUAUUUUCAUGCAUCAUCCUGUCCAAGAUCAUUCUGCAAGCAACCCUGACUUCCAGCCGCCCCUCAAAUUUGCAGGUGGUUUUGGGCUUGACUCUAGUCGGAUUGGAUUCAUAUUCACGCUCUACGGAAUCUCCGGAAUGUUUGUGCAAUUCCUCGUCUUCCCACCGGUGGCGCGGAAAUAUGGUGUGGUCAGAUGUCUACGCGUCUGCGCAAUCUGCAUGCCUGUCAUAUACUUCUUCGUCCCAUUUGUAGCUCUUCUACCCGACAGAACCAGUCAAGAGGUGGCGAUCUUUAUCGUCAUGGUUGUCAAGGGCUUUUUUUCCACAUUUGCUUUCCCAUGCUCCACAAUUCUUCUGACCAACUCCGCUAGCAGUCUUCGUAUUCUGGGUACUCUCAAUGGUAUUGCAACAAGUGUUGGAGCCGUCGGUCGAGCACUUGGUCCAGCGAUCGGUGGCUCCACCUUCACAUAUGGUGUCAAAAUUGGCUACAUCAUUCUUCCAUGGUGGGUGUUAUCUUUCAUCGCAACGCUUGCAGCAGUACCUUCCUUCUGGGUUGUUGAAGGAGAAGGCUUCGGUGGUGACACCGAGAACGUUCAAGACGAUGAUGAGAGCAGCAUCGCUCAAGAAGAUGACGAAGAGGAAGUAGAGUAUGGCAGCCCUGGUCCUCUACUCACUCGCACCGACACCAUAUCUUCCAUCGCUAUCUCGGAAAAUGAGCGCGAGUAUGACUCUGAUGACACCGCUCGAGGCAAUGCAACAUCUCCUCAGGUCAGGAAUAGACGCGCAUCAGGCAGCAAUCGUCUCUCGCGCCGCCCAUCUAGAAAAAUGUCUGCCCCCAUUGGCAUGGAGAAUCGCACGAUUUCUAGGAAAUUCAGUAGCAAUCUCGGACAGAGUUUUGGAAGCGCUGGUAGCUACAAUCUCUGAAUCUGGCUUAUGCUCCACUGAGAAGGCAGGCUGCUUAGUUGCUCGAAGAAAGGAAUGAAGCUUAGGGGGAUCUUGAGAAUUUUGCAUUGGGAUGAUUUACCUUGACUGUUAUUCAGGAAGGUCCGUGUAUCCAAACAGAUCACGACCUGCGUUUUCGGCUUG